GUGUUUCUAAAAAUCCCCUAUGGAAAAAAAUGUAUGGUGGAAAAACAAUUGCUGCCAGGUUUUAUGGGUAUUAGGUCUCAUACUUUGGUACACUAUUCAGAAGUAAAACAGGAAAUGUUUUACUUCAUUCACUACAGAAUUUUACUUAUAGGUAAGCUAGAUUAACAAUCAGCAGAAUUGUAUAAUGUCCGACUGUGGUUGUGUUAACUCAAAUCAAAUGUUAUUCCCUCAAAAUAAAAAGCUGACCCUGAAAGGCUCUCAGUAUUGCCCGAGUAGCGCUCGAGGCUAAUGUUAGGUAGCUAUUUUCCCGGGAAACAAACAGGCGCGCAAUUUGACAUUCCAUCUCAAAAUCAAAGGCUUAUUUUUCUUACACGACGUUUGUAAUCUGCAAAUGGAUGCCUUUUUCUUUGACAAGCUGCCUUCCACCUCACAAUCAACUCCUAAACCCAGACAUGAGACGACCCAGAUGAAUGUCUCCUGCUCCCAGGUGGACCCUGAUGAAGGUCUUGGCACUGACCACGACUCAACCAGUGAGAGAUCUUCAUCCAUGACCAUGAGCACGGAUGAGAGUCAGGAACACCAGAUAAGUUCCAGGAUAGAUGACAUUGGCAAGAAGGUCCAGGACCUGGUUGGGAAGAUAAACGACAGCCGCACCAUGGACCAGACGAUUAUGGACAACUUUCAGGACAAGCUAGUGGAAAAGGUGGGUGAGAUCUGCGGGCAGAUGAAGGAGCACAUGUACACUGUCUAUGAGGAAAACAGCCAUGCCAUGCAGGCCACGCUCCGGGAGCUGACUCUGGUGCUGGAGAGCUGCAGUAAGCUCAACACUGAGCUCCACACCGUCUCCCAGGCCCUGGCAGGACUCAACAGGGGCCUGACUCUGCACCGGAGUACUGAGUGACUACACUCUUAGAAAUAAAGGGUUCCAAAGGGGUUCUUUGCCUGUCCCCAUAGGAGAACCCUUCUUGGUUGUAGUACCCUUUUGGGUUCCAUAAAGAACCCUUUACACAGAGGGUUCUACAUGGAAACCAAAAAGGGUUCUCCUGUGGGGACAGCCGAAGAACACUUUUGGAACCCUUUUUUCUAAAUGUAGUUUGACAGCCUUUGGAAAGCCAUUGAUGACCCCACUGUACUGUGCCAGCCCCGUGCAGUGGUUGGUUAUAGUAUAACGGUGCUGGUUCAAGGGUUAACUAGCUGAUUAAAUAUACCUGCUCUGUAGUUUUAAGUCUGGUGCUUUUGUAAGUGCUGUUUUGGUUAAUAAACCUGAGUGUGUUGUUACAAA